CCUUUUCGGUGCUUCGCAGUCCAGAAUCAGGGGAACUACAACUUCGCUCUGCUCCGCCCCUAUGGCGCUAUCCAGUUUUCUUACUUUCUUUUUCAGGAUUCAUGAUGACUUCGAGUAACAACCAGAACCCGUAUUUCUACACUGCACCAUUCUGACAAUCAGCACUCGACAUGUCCUGGGUGAACUACAUUUUGUUUUUCACGGCUGGUGCAGCACUCGCUUGCGAUCCACAGACCCAAUACCAUAGAGAAGAUGGCCAGUGUUGCACAAAAUGUCCUCCAGGAACCAGGAUGUCGGACAAGACAAAUUGCGUGGAUCCCCUGUGCAAGCCAUGUGAUGUGGAUGAGUAUCGGAUGGGCCGGACUGUGGAAAAGAAGUGUGACCUUCAACCGUACUGUGACCCCAAUAAAAACAUGGUCCACGAUGGACCUGUUACAAAGGAGAAGCUAAGCGUGUGCAGGUGUCGUGACGGGUUUCACUGCCCCACCGAAGCGUGCAUUACCUGUGUGGCACACUCCCUCUGUGCAGCCGGACAGAGGGUCAAAGACAAAGGGAACCAUUCUCUUGACACAGUGUGUCAAGAUUGUCCGCCCAACACAUUUUCUUCUGGGGAGCCUGCAGACAGUGACUGCCAUGAUUGGACUGUAUGUGAACCUGGACCCGGAAACAUAGAUGGUACAACCACAUCUGACGCAAUCUGUGAGUCAACACAUCGUCACCACGUCUUUUUGAUAAUCCCAAUCCUCAUAUUCCUUGCCCUGUUUGCAUUCACAUACUGGAAACUAAGAGGUAAUGAAGAUAAAAAGCAGAGUUUUGAAGAACUCGGCACUACAGACGCACCCGUGCCCAUUCAUGGACCAGAAGUAGCCAUAACGUUACCAGAAGAGAACGACUACCCGCUGGUCCGUCCUCAGCCACCUAUGGGCACCAACGGCAGCCCCCCAGUGACUGACAACGGGAGAGUCGUAGCACAGGAAAGGGGGAAAGGUUCCGUCGUCCCACAACAAGAAUCCCAUGAUCCCUUGUUGCUUAUCAAUCCUUUUGACGAACUUCAACCAUGUUAUUUAAGUAAAGCUGCUUUAACAUGAACUAUCUUCUUCCAACAUGGUAUAGAGAGUAUUGUGUCACUGUGUGGAUUGAGUAUUGUGUCACUAAUUGGUAGGCUUUAAAUGUACUGCCUUAUGCACUUACAUUAGUCUGUGAUAGAUAUUGUAAAUAUAUAACAUGUCAUAGACUGACUUUGUUAAGUGUUAGAUAGAUUUUGUACAUACUUUUUUGUUUGUUUGUCAUUACGUUCUUGCGAUUGUUAAUAUGUUCUGAACAGGAGGAAAUGCGACCAUGUCAUGACUAUGUAUUUCCUUAAGGGGGUACUAGUGAUCUGCUAAAGGGUUUUGGAAGUACCCUUGAGCGUGAGGGUAUCUCUACUUGAUUCACUUGGGUAGCCUUUUAGCAACUCGCUGGAUCUUGCUGCAUAAUAGCAAUGCAAUAUGUUAAAGGUUAUAGUUGGUUAAUGAGAACCAUAUGUUCUCAGGUUUGUUCUAAUGUGAUUUGUUAUUAAUUUAAUUAAAUAAUGAUUACAAGGUGAAAAAUGCUCGAUUUAGACAGUGGUGUGUGUAUGUGUGUAGAUUGGGCCAAGCAGAACAAGAAAAUCGGAUUGAUUGUUAAUGGAAGUUUAGACCAUGGCGGAGGGUUUAACGAUGAAAUAGGCUCUUGUGAGAAUGGUAGGAAUAUCCUAUUCCCAAUUUUCUUAUUAGAAAUGUCUGUAUAAUAUUUGCUUUACUGUGUUUGAUUUUACUAACAACUUCGUCUGAUUAUAAGCAGCCACGCCGAGUCAGUAUAGGAUGUAGCCUAAAUGUAGGCUAUAUCUGAUAUCUUGUGUCUGAUCUGAUCGAUAUAAAAAAAUCCACGGUGUACACAUAAAGUUAAUAAAAUGGAAAACCAAAGCG